GCUCUCUCAGAUGGCUUCGACCGCAAACAAUCACCACCCUCCCAGCCCUCGCAGGUACAAUAAGAAGGGCAGCUUACAGAAAACAGGAAGCACCACCUCAGCGCUCUGUGGCAGGAGAAAACUACCCAUUGCUCAGAGGGAGGAGUUGUGUAGCACUCCUUAUUUGGUUAAAAAGAUCACAUGGGUUGCUGCGCCUGAACAACAGUUGUGAAGAAGUUCAGAAGUUAGAGAACUUCGAACUUUGUCAAGACAUUGGGUGAGAUUUUUGAGUGAGAGAAAAAGACUCAAGAAACAAAACGCAGAGCACAUGGUGUGAGGGAAAAUGCCUACCAACUUCACAGUGGUUCCAGUGGAGGAUAGCCCUUUAUCAGACCCAGACUAUGAUGGACAGAUCCUGAAAGUAGAGGACAAGGAGGGUCCGGACACAGUGGCUGGACCCAGCUCAGGAGAUGACACCCCCAGAGAAACCAGCUCCUUAAUAAGUACAGAUCAUGAUGGGAGCAUCUAUGGUAGGAAUAUGGCCCUCUAUGAGGAUGAGAUGGACAGCACUCCGAUGGUGUCAUCUCUCCUGAACAAACUAGCCAACUACACAAACAUAACCCAGGGGGCCGUUGAGCACGAGGAGGCAGAGAGUGAGGAUGGGAUCAGGAGAGUCACUGUGAAUGGUCCUCAGAUGGGCACAUUUAUAGGUGUAUACCUGCCCUGCAUGCAGAACAUCUUAGGUGUAAUUCUGUUCCUGCGCCUCACAUGGAUAGUGGGUACAGCAGGCAUCAUUGAGGCCCUUGCGAUUGUCUUCAUGUGCUGCACUUGUACUAUGCUGACUGCAAUUUCAAUGAGUGCCAUUGCGACUAAUGGUGUAGUGCCUGCUGGUGGCUCCUACUACAUGAUCUCCAGGGCAUUAGGUCCAGAGUUCGGAGGGGCAGUGGGUUUGUGUUUCUACCUGGGCACCACCUUUGCAGGAUCUAUGUACAUACUUGGAACCAUAGAAAUUUUUCUGAUAUACAUUAUGUCCAAUGCUGAUGUGUUUGGAGCUAACCUGAAAGACGAUAAGUUAACAAUGCAAAAUAGCAUGCGUGUUUAUGGGACCUGCUGUUUAGCUAUCAUGACCCUGGUAGUGUUUGUUGGUGUAAAAUAUGUCAACAAACUGGCCUUGGUCUUCCUGUCCUGCGUGGUGCUCUCAAUUAUGGCUGUCUACGCAGGGGUCAUUCAAACUGCCAUCAAGCCUCCCAAUUUUACAAUCUGUCUACUUGGCAACCGCCCCUUGCAACAUAACAAAUUCGACAAGUGUCUAAAGUCAGAGGUGCGGAAGCUUUUCUGUACAGGUGGUUCACUGAACGAAACAUGUGAUGAGUACUUCACCAAUAACAAUGUGACAGAGAUUGAGGCCAUUCCUGGCUUGCUCAGCGGGGUCAUAUCAGGUAACAUGUGGGGACACUAUGGCCCAAAGGAGAUGAUAGUGGAGAAGGUGGGACAGAGCUCAGAGCCAGCUUCAGAAACAGACAGAGAACCUUAUGUUCUCAACGACAUCACCACCUUCUUCACCAUUUUGGUUGGAAUAUACUUCCCCUCAGUAACAGGAAUCAUGGCUGGGUCAAACAGGUCUGGAGAUCUUAGAGACCCUCAGAGGUCCAUUCCCACUGGUACUAUUCUGGCUAUUGUAACCACCUCCUUCAUCUACAUUUCCUGUGUAGUGUUGUUUGGAGCUUGUAUUGAAGGCGUUGUGUUGAGAGACAAGUUUGGAAGCUCAGUUAAAAACACUCUGGUAGUUGGAACACUAGCAUGGCCAUCUCAUUGGGUGAUUGUGAUUGGCUCAUUUUUUUCCUGCUGUGGGGCGGGGCUGCAGAGCCUCACCGGUGCCCCCAGAAUCCUUCAGGCUAUCGCACGAGAUGGCAUCAUGCCUUUCUUGCAGGUGUUUGGUCAUAGUAAAGCUAAUGGUGAGCCAACCUGGGCUUUACUCCUUACUGCAGCUAUUUGUGAGAUCGGGAUCCUCAUUGGCUCUGUGGAUGCUGUUGCUCCCAUCCUUUCAAUGUUCUUCUUGAUGUGUUACCUCUUUGUCAAUCUGGCUUGUGCCAUCCAAACACUUUUACGCACCCCAAAUUGGAGGCCAAGAUUCAAGUUCUACCACUGGUCCCUGUCCUUCCUUGGGAUGAGCCUGAGUCUCUCCCUCAUGUUUGUCUCAUCUUGGUACUAUGCCUUGGUUGUCAUGUUGAUUGCUGGAUGCAUCUAUAAGUACAUAGAAUACAGAGGGGCAGAGAAGGAAUGGGGAGAUGGUAUUCGAGGAUUAUCUCUUAACGCAGCUCGUUAUGCCCUUAUAAAACUGGAGGAGGCACCCCCUCACAUCAAGAACUGGAGACCCCAGCUCCUGGUGCUCUUAAAGCUGGGCUCUGAAUUGGAGAUAAAGCAUCCUCGCCUGCUCUCCUUUACCUCACAGCUGAAGGCUGGGAGGGGCCUGACCAUCGUCUGUUCAGUGUUGGAGGGUACCUUCAUGGCACGUGGGGCUGAUGCCAAGCGCUCUGAACAGAAUAUCAAAGCAGCCAUGUCAAAGGAGAAAACGAAGGGCUUCUGCCAUGUGGUGGUGUCCUCUAACCAGCGGGACGGUUUCUCUCACCUGAUACAGUCUGCAGGCCUGGGUGGCAUGAAACACAAUGCAGUGCUGGUGGCUUGGCCCACCAACUGGAAACAGUCCGAGAGCUCCCUCUCCUGGAAGAACUUUAUUGAAACCAUUAGAGAGACAACAGCUGCCCACCAGGCCCUGCUAGUGGCGAAAAACAUCGACCAAUUUCCCACAAACCAGGAUCGGUUAGCCGAGGGUACUAUUGAUGUCUGGUGGAUUGUCCAUGAUGGUGGUCUACUCAUGCUUCUUCCUUUUCUUCUCCGUCAGCACAAGGUUUGGAGAAAGUGCAAGAUGAGGAUCUUCACAGUGGCUCAGAUGGAUGACAACAGCAUCCAGAUGAAGAAAGAUCUGCAGAUGUUCUUGUAUCACCUGCGCCUCGAUGCUAAAGUGGAAGUUGUGGAAAUGCAUGCAGGUGAUAUCUCAGCCUUCACCUAUGAGAAAACCCUUGUAAUGGAGCAGCGCUCUCAGAUGCUCAAGCAGAUGCAGCUGUCUAAAACAGAGCGGGAGAGAGAGAUUCAAAGCAUCACAGACGAAUCCCGGAAUUCCAUCAGGAGGAAGCCCUUUGUGGCGAAACGGUCUCCCAACACGUUACAAGUGCCAACCAUAAAUCUGGACGAGGAGGCUCAACUGAUUCAUGACAGGAACACUAAGUCCCACAACUUGCUGAACGACAAAACCACACCCACCUCUGACCGGGUCCAAAUGACCUGGACUAAAGAAAAGCUGGUUAGUGAGAGGAACCGACAACGGGAAGCCAACAUGGCUGUGCGGGACAUCUUCAAUAUGAAACCAGAGUGGGAGAAUCUGAAUCAGACUAAUGUGAGAAGAAUGCACACAGCAGUGAAACUGAACGAGGUGAUAGUCAACAAAUCCCAAGGAGCCCAACUGGUGCUGCUGAACAUGCCGGGACCCCCCAAAAAUGAAUGCGGUGAUGAGAACUAUAUGGAGUUCCUGGAGGUUUUGACAGAGGGAUUGGACCGGGUGCUGCUGGUUCGAGGAGGAGGCAGGGAGGUCAUCACCAUUUACUCUUAGCAUCAAGCAGGGACAGAACAGACAUUGAGGAGAGUAUUUCUGUUAUGACAGGAUGUCCAUUACUGGACAGUGAUUUAGCCCAAGGCUGGAGCUGGACAGGUACUGUACAGAUGGACUCAGGACAAGCAAUGCCACAGCUGCAUGCCAGCACUGCACAUUCAUAGAGGUUGGAAGAGAAAUCUUCUCCAUUGGGCUGUGAAUGUGAUUUGUAAAGAGACUGGCCAAAAAUUAAGCUUUACAACAUAAGACUUAAAGAGAGUGGUGUCCAAUGCCUUAUUGAGUCUUAACUCUUUAACUGUAAGAGACAACAAUGUUUGAAUCUUUAAAGUGCUUGUAUUUACUUGUAAUUUAUAUGUACUAAAUAUGUAGUUUCAGCUCAACAAAUAAUUUGAAAAGGGCUAUUUGUGUAUUUGUUUGUUCUGAGUGAGAAUGUAUGUUUGUAUAAAAGGCUUUGUCUAGCCAACAUCCAGGUUUGAACUCUGUCUGUAUACAUUUUAAUCUACAAUCUUUAAACUUGAAGCUUUGAAGCCUUUUUUAUUUCGUGAAGCCAAAAUCAAAGUUUGUCCUCACAAACUUUCCCAUUCUAGUUAAUACUUUAUUGGGUGUAGAUGACACCUGUAGUUUUGAAAAAACUGGCUACCAUCUGGCAGAAGACUCUGGAAGACAGUUGUACUGUACAGUACAGACACUGUACACCCUGCUAUCCAGUAGAGGGUGAUAUAAUCAAACCAUUAAUAACAGUAUUUUCAUUUUGAUAUUCUGUGUUGACCUGUGAUGACUUCUCAGCUUUUAGUGCAAUUGGCCAGAAAGGAUCAUUUAAUACAUUCAUUUGAUAUUGAAUGUAGUCCUCUACCACUGGCAUUAAAAAAAUCUGAACUAUGAAAAGCUUAAUGAAAGAGAAUUAGAUUUUAUUGUAAAUUCAAAAUAUUUGUUGUACUUGCCAAAGAUCACUGACCAUACUUUCAGGGUAUUUUUAAAAUUUCUGUUGCAUUUAGGAAAAUGUAAACAACUUCAAAUGUCAAAAUAAUUGUUUGGUUAUUGGUGACAAUGAUUGCAAAAUGAUUUUGGCCUAGCUUUUUAUAAUAGUUGUUAUUUUGUAAAGAAAAUAAAUGUUAAUCAAAUAUACCACAUCCUCUUCUGGUCCAUUUGAUGU